AUGGCAGCAACAAUGGCAAUGAUGAUCAACUCCAAGUGUCUAAACACAGCCAUACCCAAGUUACAAAAUCCAUCUACCACAGCAAAACUAACAACAACAACAUGCAAAAUCACCACCGUUCAAAACCUACCAAAGGCUCUUACCUCAGUUGACAACACCAACGUUGUUGUGUCACCUUCCAUUGCAAUUGCAGGGGCAAUAUUCUCAUCCCUCGCAACCUGCGAUGCGGCUUUCGCUGCUCAACAAAUAGCAGAAAUAGCGGAAGGUGAUAACAGAGGAUUAGCACUAUUGUUGCCAUUGGUUCCAGCCAUAGGGUGGGUUUUGUUCAACAUAUUGCAGCCAGCUUUGAACCAAAUCAACCGUAUGCGUAGCACGAGAGGGGUGAUUGUUGGGCUUGGCCUCGGGCUUGGCGGGCUUGCUGUAUCGGGUAUGGUGUCAGAAGCUUCUGCUAGUGAGAUAGGUAUGAUUGCUGAUGCUGCUGGAAGUGAUAACAGGGGAACACUUCUGUUGUUUGUGGUUGCACCAGCUAUACUUUGGGUGCUUUAUAAUAUUUUGCAGCCUGCUCUUAACCAGAUCAAUAAGAUGAGAUCUGAGUAA